AUGACGCUACAAAGAUUGAGCCGGAGAAAAGCCUGCCAAGGAGACCGUGAACAAAGCCACACCAAACAGCGCCGCCGCACCUCGCUCCCUUCCUCCUCCACCCCAUCGCUGCCGCCGAUUCCAACGCCGCCGGAGCGCCUUCGACUCCGACACCUCCGGCGAGAAGGGGAAGCCGAGGAGAUGAGACUGGUCGGCCUAACGGGCGGGAUCGCGUCCGGGAAGAGCACUGUCUCUAACCUCUUCAAGGACGCCGGCGUCCCCGUCGUCGACGCCGACAUCGUUGCUCGGGAUGUAGUGCAGAAAGGCACUGCAGGUUGGAAGAAGAUUGUAAAAGCCUUCGGGAAUGAUAUUUUGUUGGAAAGUGGAGAAAUUAACAGAGCUCACUUAGGGCAAAUUGUAUUUUCUGACCCAUCAAAACGUCAACUUCUAAACCGUCUUCUGGCGCCACAUAUUUCUUGGGGAAUAGUGUGGGAGAUAGUGAAACUAUGGAUGAAAGGAUGCAAGGUUAUCAUCCUGGACAUCCCGCUGCUGUUUGAGACCAAGAUGGAUCGAUGGACAAAUCCAGUAAUUGUGGUCUGGGUUAACCCAGAAACCCAGAUUCAGAGGCUGAUGUCAAGAGACGGGUGCUCUGAAGAGCAAGCGCAGAACAGGAUCAACGCACAACUUGCGCUGGACUUGAAGAAGUCGGAAGCCGACAUAGUGAUCGACAACUCUGGAUCGCUGGAUGACACCAGACAACAGUUCCGGGAAGUCUUGAGGAAAGUCUCUGAGCCCUUAACAUGGAAGGAACGCUUGAGAUCUCGAGAUGGGCUGAUCUCCGUUGUCGUGUGCACGGCAGUGGGUGUAUUACUUGCCCGGAAGAAUCUGCUAUGA